AUGCCCGACACCUUUGCCGACCUCACCGUCUCUCUCGAGCCCCAGCUCCUCGACGUUCUACAACCCCUCCAUCCUCGUCUGCCAACCGAGCUCGCAUCCACACUUCAGCCCUAUAUCUCUCCUCCUUCAUCAUCCACCUCAAAUGCUAACACACCCACCAUACCCUACGCCCAUCUUCUUUCGCUUUCUAAAUGGACACGCACCUCGCCCGGUCUUCGCGCCUUGAAAACUUCGCCCGCACUCGACCCAUCCUCCUACACAAUGCUUGCUCUCUUAGCAGGCACGCGCACCUCCCCCGAUCGACGCUUCCCUGCCCCUUCUCCGUCUCACGCGUCGCACAACGACCCCGCGCGCGAGGCGAAGAAGGAGAUGGGAGAUAAGCGUGCCAUCGUUGCGGUCGUAAAUGGGAUGCUCAGCGUACUGGGUGCGGGUGCGGCAGCCUUUGUCGCAGCGCAGCGGACAGGGUGGAGAGAUGAAUGGAAAAUUCUCGUCGCGUUUCUCGCCGCCGCCGCCGUCGCCUUCUCGGAGGUCGCGCUCUUUAUCAUCCACGACUCACGACGCUCCACGACGACAUCACGCUCGCACAGCAUGAUCCGUGCUCCUUCUUACCUCACCACUACGAUCAAAGAUGAUGCCGCAUUGACUCUUCUGAUGACUCCAACCAGUCAUGCCGACAUGACUGGGACUCAUGGCGCACGACAGAGUCCGAGCCCCCCUACUCGGCGCGCGCAGCACGAGGACACAAUCAAGAACGAGAGCAACCACACCGACCCUGACAUUGGCACCGACAGCUCCGGCGAAAACAGCGCAGGGCCCUUGGCCCCGUUCUUGUCGCCAUCUCCGUUCUCACCCGCAUCUCCGUCUUCGGUCAUCUCUGCUUCCGCGCUGGCAAGCGGAGAGGCGCUGCGCCAGCGCGCAGGGGCUCGGGCCAGCCAGGGCCGCGGACGGGGCUGA